UUAAAGUCAACAUUAGGUGCAUAAAAAUAUACAAACAAGGCUCUUAUCAUUAUUACACACAUUCAAGAUGAGUUCAAAGGACAAAGAAAUUAUAACCAAGUCGAAAAUGAAAAUGUUUGUAAAGAAGACAGCAGGUGGAGGCCACACAGGAGAGCGCACUCUACGGCCAGAAUUCGAGCGGGAGCUACGACCAGAACAGCCGCUGGCACAACGUAGCAAAAUGUUGAAGGACUUGUGCGACCUGCACUUGCACAACAUGAACCUGGAAGAGUCGUCAAUUACAAAGCUCUGGCAAUUAACCAAUGAUCUCAUUGUGCCCAACAAACCAGCCGACACGCGCCAGAUUGCAUUGAGCUUCUACAAGCGCCUCAUCUUCACACAAUAUAAAAAUCUUACGCUAAUGCGCGAAAAAUUCUUUUUAGUUAUACAAAACCAUGAGGUCCGGGAGGACCUGAGGCACUUGCUGGAACUGCUCGAUACACUCACCGAAAACGGCAAGGAUAUUACCAACUUUGAGGAGAAGAUUGGCAAAUUCAUGCUGUUAUGGAUACCAGCAAUAAUAGAUGCUGAACUUUUGUGUCCCUACUUGGACAUGUUGGUCAAUUUAAUCAAAUUUAAUGCUGCGCACUUAGAUAAAGAGAUACUGGUCGGCAUAGUGCAAAAUGCUUGUGAAUUGAGCUGUACGGUUACAGACGAUGAAAUUGGGCUCCAGUGCUUGACCAUUUUGGAAAUGGUCAUUGGCUACACCAUAUUUCCUAGUGAACCGCUCCCGCUUUGCAUUGUCACACUGUGCCGCACUGUAAAUCAUUCGCGCUAUUGUCCAGCAUCAUUUAAGAUAAUGAAAAACCUAUUGGGCACUCAACUAGGCUACCAUUCCAUGAAAAUGAUGUGCAACAUUCUGAAUGAUCGGGGUCUGUAUGAAGAUGCCCAACUUUUGCGCGGAGCUGUCUUCCAUCUGAACAUGAAUAUUUUCGGUUCGAAUGUCAUAUUUCAAGUCUCCCCCAUGAUCUAUGCAACGAAUGUUCUCACCGGCUUCCUACACGCCCUGGACAGCCGACAGGUGAUCGUUACCUUCGAGGUGAUACUUAGUGUGCGAAUGGUGAUAAACAAAUAUAAAUUUGAACUAUCCGAAAUUGUGUGGGACCUCAUAUGUGACAUUAUGUCAACAAUUGUAGAGAACAUCGAGUAUUAUAAGAUCUCGGGUGUGAACAAAGAUCGUUUGGAUGAUUUGCAAAAAAACUUCCAUGAGAACAUUGAUUGGAUUGAGAAACUACUGCAGAACGAGCGUGCUCAAAUAUUGGGAAACGAUCGCAUUUAUGACCUGAUCGAACGUGUGGCUGAUCAACGACCAGAAGCUUCGGUGCUGGCCCUGAUCGACUAUCGCACGAGAAGUGUAAGAGCCACACGCCCCGAAUGGCUGCUGGUAUUGACGCAAUUCGUGAGUCGAUAUUAUCGCAUGUCCAAUAUAAAUGUGCGCAUCAAAACGAUUAGUGCGGUUGUGGAGAUCAUGGAACAGAACCGCUCCACCUACGAGGAUGAGAUACUCGAUCGAGUGGUCAAUACACAAUUCGCUCAAAUCCAUCAUGAGCCCAGUGUGGAGGUUCGUGCUGCCGUAGCCAGCGCUCUUGCCGGGUUUGCUGCACACUGCGACACUAAACGAUGCGUAGACCUACUCGACAUACUCGAGUCGCUCAUCAAUCGACCAUUCGAUCAGGUGCGACAGCAUGUGGCAACGGAGGGCGCGCUCGCCGAAGUAGCUAUCGCUGGUGGCAUGGUCAUCAAGAGUGAGGGGGAAAUUAAUGACAUCAUGGCUGCGGUCGAUGGACUAAUCGAAGUAUUUGCUAUUAAGCUGCAUCGUCUGCCCGCCACACAUGCAAUCAAGAUAUUCAACAUACUGGUCGAUCACUUGAAGAUGCAUUACGAUAGACCAAAGAUAUUUGAACAGGCCAGCGUUGUGCGCUACAAGAUUUUCAACUGGAUGCUCAGGGCUCGCGCCAAUGCAUCUUACCACAUUGGCUAUCCGGAUGGGCCGAAUAAAGGGCCCAAGUUUAGUCAUUACCUUGGAAUUGACUCGCCGCUGCAGCCACAAUUGCAUACAACUACAAUUUCCAUAAGAAACGCUUGCAAGCUGAUCGUGCGAUGUCUCGAACAAGACAAUGACUACCAUAUAUUUCAGCUGGUCAUCAAGGAACUUCCGAAGGUGUUGCAGAACAAGGCACUUAUUCAGGGCAAUGAUAUUGAGGAAUUGGCCAACACCCUUCUCAAAAUCAACCUAAGCAACAAUAAAUUCAAGCGUCCAACCGACGAAUUCCAUGCCCUGGUUUUGCCUGCGAUUGCCUCGCUGGUCAUCUAUCACGAGUGCUUGCAGCCACCACAACACAAUAGUAUUAUAUCGGUUUUGAACGCUCGUGUUCCGACCGCCAUUGCCACCGUCUGCAUAAGUACGAUGACUAUUUUGAUAUUGGAAAUGCCAGAGGCACUCAUGCGUAAGUUGCCCGACGUGCUCCUCCAAAUGAGCAAAAUGUCGGACACAAAUGCCGUCGCUAUACCGGUAUUGGAGUUUCUUUCGCUGUUGAUUCAUUUGUCCAACCAUCUCUUCACCAACUUCACGCCCAUGCAAAAUAUGUACGUGUUUGCCAUAUCACUGCCAUACACCAAGCCCCAUCGGUACGAUCACUAUACAGUGUCUCUGGCGCAUCACGUCAUUGCAGGGUGGUUUUUGAAGAUUAAGCUGGAGUUGCGCAAGAACUGUGUGGGUUACAUAAAAUCGUCCAUGCAAUCGAAUGCCAAGAUGCUGUACAACGACAUUGUAAACAUCAAUUCGUUGAAUGAAGACUCAUCUAACCGCAAACGCAGCACCAGUCUUACGGAACGAGGCAGUCGAAAUAGCGCCGCUGCGCGUAAUGAUUCUGAAAUGAGGCCUCUGCUGAAUAACAGUUUACGUUACUUUCAUGCCGAGCUGGCCGAGACUUGCUUCGACUUUUUGGCAAGGCACACGUUUUCGCCCUGCCCGUCGUUACCCAAGCGCUUGCCAGCGGUAGAGCAUUUGUUGAAGGACGGCGUCUCACAAACCUGGCUGGUUGGCCACAAUCUGGUCACUAUCACCACAUCGGGCUGCCCGUCGGUGCCCACACGUAAUGGUCUAUGCGAGCGUUGUGCGCAACUGGGAAAAACGCCGGGCAUUAGCUUGAAUUCUAAGAGCAUGAGCGAUGCGGCGCCUCCAUUGUCGCCCGAGGUCAGCAAUGUGGGUGGCACCGGUCCAUUAGAUCGCCGAUACACGAAGAUCAGUCUGCAGCACAGCAGUGGCAAUGAGUCGGCUGGUAGUACAGAGUUAACUUCUUCAUCGUCGUCCACUUCGGCGGCCACCACACAUCGUCAGAUAUCCAACAGUUCGACAGCAUCUCUGGAGGCGCUCUCACGACGCGGCUCCAAUCCAGAGGCAAUGGGUGGAGGUGUCGGUGGGGGGUUUGGGGAUGUCAUGAACACCACCGGCAGCAAUACAUCGCUGUUGGGAAACUCGCUGUCUCUGUCCUCGGCAAGCAUGAGUCCUUCAACGCAACCUGCUGUGCAGCAGCCUGUGUGCGUUCGAUCCUGCACGGGCUGGGGCGAGGUGCUUAUCCGAAGACCGACGGGAAACAUAUCCUGGAUAACACGCCUACAAAAUCCCAUAACCAAUGAUUGCUUCGGACAGGACUUGCCCUUCAAUAGCAUGGUAUCCCUAUUUUUGCCUACGGCUUAUGGCGGUGUCUUUGGACCAGAAUCAACGCUGCAGGCGACAUCGUCGACAGAGCGCGUAGAUUUCCAACGGGAGGCGGAGGCAGCGCCGUUGCAAGCAAAUGCAACAACAGUACCGACGUCCACCCAAGUUACAGACAAUACGGCUGGUGACAACCUUGUGCGCCAUCGUAUAGCAGCAAAGGCGCGCGCUCUACAGCGUCAGGAAGAGAUCUCUUCGGUCGGCGGCAAUGGAGGAUCCAUGAGCACGGCGGCGAUUGAUAUACCGCGCGUGGCUGCGACUUGUAAGCGUGGCAAGGAGGCGCUCUGCGGCAGUGUCAGCGAUGGUGAGGCCGAUGAUGACACUAUGGCCUUUGAGGAUGGCCAGGCUCGAGCACGGAAUCCUGUGCGGCGCGUGAACUCCAGUCCAGAAAUGAGUUCCAGCUGGCGUCAGACGUUUUUGGCUGCAAAACCAGCACCCUUGUCCCAAGAGCCAGUUAAAAUGGCCUCAGAAGAGCCGCAACUGCAGUUCAUGCAACAGCAGCAAAAGAAAAAAAGUGUGCAGUACAGUACGAAGGACAUGCGAGUCAGUUGCGAGGCCAUACCGGAGGAGAUUGCAGGAUCAACGCCACCGCAGGCGCUCGAACCGGAGCCCAACAGCUUGCCACCCAAGCAACACUCGGCGGACGACGUGAACAGUCAAGUAGUGGUCGGCAACGUAGUGCAACAAUCCAGCUCCACUUAUUCGCUCAAGCUGAGCACAACAGCCGGCAAGCCACCUCUGUCACCUGCUCCAGGGGCAGUGCCCCCUUCUCCGCGUCUAGAUAUUAAACAAGUACCGUCGGCAGCUCCGGCUGCCAUGGGCACAAACUUCACGACACGUACCCACCAGGGCUUAGCCAAAUCGAGCAGUAGCGGCAGCACUGGCAGUACUGUUUCCGGCAACAAUGCUGGGGGCGCUGGCGCGGCGGCUAACUUCGACUACAACAAUGGCGAGAUGCGUGUGCGAUCCAAAACCAUUUCAGUGGUGCGUGAAGUCAACAAUGGGAAGGCCCGUCCCUCGCCCGCCAGUAACUUUCGUAGCUUUGGUGCCGCCAAGCCGCCCAUCAAUGCCAAGCUGUGCAUGAAUCCUAGCUUUGUUUUCCUGCAAUUGUUCAGCACCGGCCAGCUGGAGGUGACGGAAACACCGCUCAGGGUAGGCUCCGAGCAUGUGAGCCUAUUGAAACUGCUCGACUUGGUGCCUCCUUUUGAGACGCACAGAAUUGGGGUGCUCUAUGUGGGCCAGGGGCAGUGCAACAACGAGGUGGAGAUCCUGCGCAACUCAUAUGGCAGCACGCGCUAUGUGGAGUUCUUACGCAGUAUCGGCACGUUGGUAAAUCUUAAAGAGGCUGAGCAAAAUAAUCUCUUCAUUGGUCUGGACAAGAGUGGAGCCGAUGGCAAGUUCACGUACAUUUGGAAGGAUGAUAUACUGCAGGUUACCUUCCAUGUUGCCACUCUGAUGCCGACCAACCUGCAGGACGAUCCCAAUUGCAAUGAAAAGAAAAAACACAUUGGCAACGACUUUGUAAAAAUCUUAUACAACGAAAGCGGGGAGGAGUGUAACUUAGCCACCAUGUCGGGUCAAUUCAACUAUGCCUGUGUGAUUGUCGAGCCUCUGGAACUGAACUCCAAUCGAGUUUAUGUUAAGGCGCGCUCAGAAAUUUCCAAAUAUGUAUGUCACCCGGAGCCGCGCAUAGUCUCAGAUCGCAGUGCUCCCCUGCUAGCGCGUCAGAUGGCUCUGCAUGCCAAUCUGGCGUCGCUGGUCUAUCAGAGUGUGCAAAAGAAGAAUCCUUACGCAUCCAAUUGGCUGGAAAGAUUGCGCUUGCUUAAGCUCUUACGCACCAAGCUAAUUGAAAACCUAAAUAGCCAACCCCAAAGCGGCAGCGCCUCCAGUGGCAUAGCUUCCUCAGGCGCCGACAUCGAUGAUCAAAAGGGAGAUUUUACCAAAUUUACCUAAGAACCCAUUGCUUUCACAUACUAUAUGUAUAUGUAAUAUUAAAGUCAUUUAUCAUAAUCAAACAUUUGACAAGUUUAUAAAAUUUGUGCAUUAAAAUAAAGCUGCAAGUAAAAUCGACAAA